GUGAGCGGUGGACAGACGACACUUCUCUCAACUCCCAAACAUACUCUAACGGUCAUCAAACACCAGCGAGAUGCUAUCUAGUUUGAUAGUAUCAUUACACUAAUCCCCACCAGCUUCGAGUGGUCUGCAUGUCCACAGCACCGUCGGGUUGUCACGCGUCUCCCAUGCGACAGUGUUCGGUCGAUGGUUCGCAACGAAGACAGCCUGCCUGACCAUUUCUCUCGGCUUAGGUUCAUCAUCUGGUGACAGUAACAUGCCCUGCACGGAGUUAACCUGCUACCAUAGAACGCUGGACAUGUCUACCUAGAGUGGCGGCAGACGACCAGAUUGGCUAGUGAGAUGCUGCAGACGAUCAACCCUUGCUGGAUGCAGCAGAUCUGGUUCUGUGGACAAGAUGGCAGCAGCUGGUGUAGGGUGACCCUCGGAACAUAGAAGCAGACAUGUUGGCAGUGGGAUAAACUACAUGCAUGUUGGACACACAAACUGGAAACAACAACAUAAAUAACAAUGUAUAUAUCUGCAGUUAGGUGAUCCCUCAGUGUUUCAUGAAAGUCGUCAUGGACUGAGCCUUGUUUUCUUUCCAAUAUACCAAUAUGUGACAUGUUGUCCUGCUUGGAAUCAUUUCAAGUUUUAAUUCCUGGUAAAUUGUGACUUGUUCUACAAUAACUGACAUUCAGCGUUAGGUGAACAGCAUUUGGAUGGAAUCAGCAAUGGAUUCCCCUGGUCGAGAUGAUGGCUCUGCUCAGAGGAUGUUGCCCAAGAAUGAACUUCGAGGCUUCCUUAAAAGGAACAAGUCUAAGUUUUCUGGAAAUGGAUUUCCAAGUAUUAUUACUGAACAUUAUGAAGCAGAAUUUUCCUCUGGGUCUACGCUGGCUCCCUCUGUAGACUCCAAAAACCUUCAGCAAGCAUUGCAAGCUGCGGAAAACAAGCCUUACCCACCUAUGUACGCAAGUCGCAUGCAUGGCAAGACCUCACUGCAGGCUCGUAUCUACAACUUCCUGGAACGACCUACAGGAUGGAAGUGUUUCAUCUACCAUUUCACAGUCUUCAUGAUGGUGCUCAUCUGCCUCAUCUUCAGUGUCUUAUCUACCAUAGACCAAUACUCAACAUUUGCAAAUGAGACAUUGUUUUGGAUGCUGGCCGAGUACUAUCUGGAAAUAUUUUUAGUAACAUUCUUUGGCCUGGAGUACGCAAUCCGCCUGUGGUCCGCAGGAUGCAGAAGCAAAUACAUGGGGCUGAAAGGACGGAUCCGCUUUGCCAGGAAGCCCAUCUCCAUCAUAGAUUUGAUGGUUGUGGUGGCGUCAUGUGUGGUGUUUACAAUUGGAUCUGAAGGCCAGGUGUUUGCCACAUCAGCAAUAAGAGGAGUGAGGUUCCUGCAGAUUCUGCGUAUGUUGCACGUGGACCGACAGGGCGGCACCUGGCGUCUACUAGGUUCUGUAAUAUAUCUACAUAGACAGGAGUUAAUUACAACACUGUAUAUAGGAUUCCUGGGCCUUAUAUUUUCUUCCUACUUUGUGUAUCUGGCGGAGCGAGAGGAUGGCCGGAAAGACUUCUCCAGCUAUGCAGAUGCCCUCUGGUGGGGAGUGAUUACUGUGAUGACUAUAGGUUACGGAGACAAGGUGCCCCAGACGUGGAUGGGGAAGAUAGUUGCCUCCUGUUUUGCUGUGUUUGCAAUAUCCUUCUUUGCUCUUCCUGCCGGUAUCCUUGGUUCAGGUUUUGCUCUCAAAGUCCAACAAAAGCAGCGCCAGAAGCAUUUCAACCGACAGAUACCUGCAGCAGCAACUCUUAUACAAUGUCUAUGGCGAUGUCACGCCUCUGAUCCCAACUCCAAAUCAGAAGCCACGUGGAAAAUCCAUGUCCAUGAUCCAACCAAUGAAGAGACAGUAUUUGCCCGCGUCGCACGGCGUGCAAGUCUGACAUUACGCAAACGUCGAGCAUCGCGGCUUGACAUCAGCGCCCCCACAGCUUCCAAUCAUCUACAUCGAGAAAGUGUGUCGUCAAUAUCUUAUACCGAUGAAAAACUAGGUACACCCCGUGGAGGUCGCAAGGACAGUCAUCGCCCCAGCAUCUGUGGAGGGAAUGAACAGUACAUCGACGACACCGACUUUGACGGAGAGGAAACAGAGAAAGUUGUACAAUUGACAUUAGCUCAUAAAACAGCUAUACGAGUGAUACGAAAAAUAAAGUAUUUUGUUUCAAGAAGAAAAUUCCAGCAAGCUCGAAAGCCGUAUGAUGUACGCGAUGUGAUAGAGCAGUAUUCUCAGGGACAUCUCAAUAUGAUGGUCAGAAUCAAAGAGUUACAGAGAAGACUGGACCAGACACUGGGGAAGCCCGGGACCCUGUACUCCAGCCACUCACGGGACAAGGAGAGGCUGACCAUCAGCGCCCGCAUAGUCAAGAUGGAGAACCAGAUGUCUCGUAUGGACCAGAAGAUGGAUCAAGUAUUAUACCUCCUCAAUUCAUUACUAAAAAACAGGACGGUUAAUGAAGAUUCCAAGGAAGAUGAAGUUUGACCUUGCCUUUGAUACAGGAAGAUAUUCCUUGGAUGUCCUGAAGGGGCCUACACAUGUAGCAGACUUGUAGCAGACUCAAAGCAGAUAUGUAGAAAACAUGAAGCAGAUGUGAAGCAGACAUGUGGCAGACAUGUGGCAGACAUGAAACAGACAUGCAGGCGUGAAGCAGUCAUGUAGCAGACGUGUAGCCCACAAGAAGCAGACGUGAAGCAAGCAUGAAGCACACAUGAAGCAGACGUCUGGCAGACGUGUAGCAAGCAUGAAACAGACGUGUAGCAUUUUGUCAGCUGCUGGCACAUGGGCAAUGUGAAGAUUAAUUUUUGCAUGUGUCAAGAUCUCUGGUUCCUAGGAAGUGGGAAAUGGAACAAAGAGCGCCUGUCCUAUUCUCUGAAGAGGAUGUACUGGAAACUAUAGUGACCUGCCCAGUCUUGAUGACCAACAUCAACUGAACCAGUCACUGUGUGACUGCUGUGUAGAUAUGACUUCGUAUCCACUGAAGGAACAUUGUGCUACUUACAAUCCAACAGUUUGUAUAUAGUUUUCAAGACAGAGACAAAAAUAGUCCUCAGCUGUAUUGGAUGGUGCAGGACAAAAGCAUUGGAUUGGAUUUCCAGAUCCUUGUAUAUGAUUCGUAUAACCCUCACACUUAGACUUUGGUGCACCUCUCAGAUGUUGGUGUUUGUACAGCUGAACACAGAUGAAGCUUGUGGCCUGAUGUACGUGGUACAGACAACAUGUCACGGAUGGUGCUACAGAGCUGUAUGGAGGUGGUUGUAGCAAGCAAAGUAUUGCAACUUGUUUGAUGAAGUAUCAGCAUCUGGAUCUAAUUGUUUCAUUGGAAGAUGUGAAAGAUGUUAAACCAUGUCAAUCCUCGUCUUCAUUGUUUCUACUGGUAUAUAUAAACACAAGUCGUGAAAUAUGGUUACCCAGUCCACAAGUGUUCAUCCAUUUCAUAUGGAAGAUAUCUGCACAUAUAAAUUUUGUGUGUAUUAAUAUUCGUAACUGGUGUUUAUCACUGUACUGACCUGAAUAUUCCAUCACUAUGUCUUGGAGACAUGGAUUGUUGCCCAGUAUGUUGUAGUACUCAGGCCUGGAGAUGAAAGUGGUCCUCUGACGAUAGCUCUGUAGUUUCUCCACAAUGGAUGCCUCCUGUUUGUAUAUUUCUGUACAGCUAGGGAAAUAUAACCAUUAUACAGACUUCAGACAGAUUCUUCAUGGAUCAAGGAUGCCUUCUUUGGAGUUGGAUGUGGAAGUCCCACAAUGAUAAUACUCAGCAAGAUAUGGUGCAAGGGAGGUCACUCCUGCAUGCAUCAUGACCGUAGUUCCUCACAUUGUCACAGAACAAUGUUCUCAGUUAUAUAAGGUCUGGCACCAUUGUCAACAUACACAUAUUCUUGCCGAAAAUAUACAUUGAUUGGAGUUAGUAUUAUACUCGAGUCCUCUAUGUUUAUUAGUUGUUAAGUGUACAAGAGAUUUUCAUUUAAUUGAGACAUGUUGCACCCGAUCUUUGAUGUUCUAACUUGGAAAAGAUUUACAUUGAAUGUAUUCAGAAUCAGAGAUCCAUUUUGUUGUGUAUUGCAAUUGACUGUCAUAAGUACCAGGAUCAACAGGUCUUUGGAAAAACAGCAUCAGGCCAGACCAAUUUUAUGUCUUGUUUUACGAAUUUUUAUCCACAGAAAACCUAAAGGCAGGAGGGAAAAAAAUAUAA